AAAAGAAGAGAUACAAAUAUGUUACAUUUUCAAAUUAUCAAACAAUUUGAAUAUAAUUAGAAAAGCAAAGAAAAAAAAACGCAGGAAACUGCAAAGGGAGCUCACAGGUUGCCUUGUAGAGAUGGCAAGCAUUUAAUGGUUGGUUUUCAGUUCGUUUCUUCCCACACAAAUGUAUUCACCUACUCUCAUCCAUCACUGCCGCUGAUCAACAGUUGCCGGCCAACCGGCGCCGCAGCUCCAGCUCUACUUUACUUUUCUAAGCUAAAAUGCGCUCUUAUUUCUCUGUAUAGAGUGCUAAUUGCUCCUCUUGUUUCCACUACACCGCAAUGCGCCUCUCGAAAAGGCCCUAAUUUAUGCAAAUUUCUGAAAAUUUGUUGUGUUCAUAAACCCUAACUGUCUCUUGCUGUGAAAUCGAUGAAUUUUACCGAAUCUGAGGCUCGGCCAGUGCUUGGACCAGCAAGAAAUCAAGCCAGAUCCGUUGAAUUGAGAAAACCAAUUGUUAAGCAGAAGAGUGUUGAUACGCAGAAGCCACCGGAGGCAAAGGGGAACAUGUCUCCGGCGGCAUUGCAGUGGCCGGAGAAAAUUCUGUCGCCUGUGGGAUCCAGGCAGAAUGCAGGCAGUGCUGCCUCCAUUCUGAGGCAGCGCCAGCCGAAUUUGUCGAUGAAUGCUUCUUGUUCUUCCGAUGCUUCGACGGAGUCCUCUCAUAGUAGGGCGUCGACUGGGAGGAUUAGCCGACGAACUGCGAAUUCUGAGCUGAUAAAGAGGAAGCCGCAAUGCAGCUCGAGAGGGGGGAAAUUUGAGAGUGAUGAUGGAUUAUUGGAUGGCUCUUUGGUGAAGGAAAGGUGUGCUUGGGUGACUUCAAACACUGAUCCACUGUAUGCUGCUUUCCAUGAUGAAGAGUGGGGUCUUCCAGAGCACGAUGACAAGAAACUUUUUGAAUUGCUUAGCUUUUCCACUGCAUUGGCCGAAAUAACAUGGCCUGUUAUUCUUAGCAAAAGGCAUAUAUUUAGAGAUGUCUUCAUCGACUUUGAUCCAAUUGCUGUGUCAAAAUUGAAUGAGAAGAAAAUCGCCGCACCAGGAAGUACUUCCAGCUCUCUUCUGCCUGAACUGAAGCUGCAGGCUAUUAUUGAAAAUGCACGUCAUGUUUGUAAAAUAAUUGAUGAAGUAGGGUCUUUUGACAAGUACAUUUGGGGUUUUGUGAACCACAAACCUAUUGUUAGUAAUUUCCGUUAUCCUCGUCAAGUUCCAAUUAAAACAUCGAAAGCUGAUACCAUCAGCAAAGACCUCGUGAGAAGAGGAUUCCGUGGAGUUGGACCUACAGUCGUUUAUUCAUUUAUGCAAGUUGCUGGAAUCACAAACGAUCACCUCAUAAGUUGUUUCAAAUAUCACGACUGCAUAAAUGCGGUUGAUUUGAAAGAUUCAACUGAGGUGACAUGCAAGAAUGAAGGGAAGCUAGCUGAAGAUCUAGCCCAAUUAGAACUGUCCAAUGAUUUGAAUCUGUCAAGGUAGUGCAACGUUUGAUUAUCUAUCAUCUGCCAUGUGAAUCGUUCCAGCAUACAAAACUUGGAGGCUAAGCAAAAUUUGUAUGUCUAUAUAACAUCAUUAUAAAUAUACCAAAUCUAUCUUGAUGGGGUGCGUUAUGGUGAUACCAACUUUAAAGUGACAACGUACCACCAACCUCGUGCUGCCAUGUGACACGUUAUCCUGUAAUAUUAGGGGCAAAUCAUGCCAUAUACAUUAGUAGGCGUUGUAGAUGGAUUUUUGCACAUUUAAGAAGAGUUGUCACCUUAAUACAUCCCCUAUCAUGAUAGU